CGGAGAGAGUCGGGUGAACCAUCGACCUCUUCUGUAUUGCAUACAGAGCCGAGAGGAAGAAGUUCAACCAAAGAAAGCAGACACAACAAAUCAAAUGGAAGAAGAUCCAAGUCUAGAAAUCAUCGUAGUUCCCAAAACUCGAAGUCAAUCGAGUGCUGGAAUUAUGGGAAGACCGGACACUACAGAAACCAGUGCAAGAGUGCACCGAAGAAUCAAGAGGUCAAAGAAGAGGCAAAUAUUACUUCGACCUCUGGAGGAGAUUCGCUGAUAUGUUCUUUGGAGAACAGAGAAGAGUCUUGGGUGUUAGACUCUGAAGCAUCCUUUCAUGCUACCUCACAGAAGGAACUAUUUGAAAAUUAUGUUCCUAUAAAUCUUGUACUUGAAGCUUUCAAGAUUUGGAAUGCUAUGGUGGAAAAUGAGACAGGCUUGAAAAUCAAGAAGCUCAGAUCCGACAAUGGUGGUGAAUACGUAACCACCAGAUUCAAGAAGUUUUGCUAUGAGCACAAGAUCAGAAUGGAGAGAACCGUGCCUGGUAUGCCUCAACACAAUGGUGUAGCUGAGCAUAUGAAUCGAAUGUUGACUGAAAGAGCCAGAAGCUUGCGUGUGCAUUCAGGCCUACCAAAGCAAUUCUGGGCAGAAGCAGUCAACGUAACAACUUACUUGAUCAACCGAAGUCCAUCGGUACCAUUGGAUCACAAGUUACCAGAAGAGGUAUGGAGCAGAAAAGAAGUAAAACUCUCACAUCUUAGAGUUUUCGGGUGUGUAGCAUAUGUGCACAUCAGUGAUCAAGGUAAAAACAAACUUGAUCCAAAAUCAAAGAAAUGUACUUUUCUUGGUUAUGGUGAAGAUGAGUUUGGCUACCGCUUAUGGGAUGAUGAAAACAAAAAGAUGAUCCGCAGCAGAGAUGUCAUCUUUAAUGAAAGAGUGAUGUACAAGGACCGACAUAACACAAGUGCCAACAACUCAAAAGCGAGUGGGCUAGUUUAUGCAGAGGUGGAAGAUAUCCUUGACAUUCCUAUAAUAAAGAAUCCUCGAUCAGAGGAAUCAAAUGAAGAAAGCGGUGAGCAAUCAGAAACUUCUACUCCAACUCUUGUAUUGAGAAGGACCUCUCGGCCCCAUGUGCCUAAUAGGAGAUAUAUGGACUACAUGUUGUUGACUGAUGGAGGAGAACCUGAAGAUUAUAAAGAGGCUUGUCAAACCCUAGAUGCUAGCAAGUGGGAGCUUGCCAUGAAGGACGAGAUAAA